CUAAAGAUCUCCUCUCUCUUCUUCUCCUACAAAGCAAUCAAAAAAAUUGACGGAGUUGGUAAAAACUCUGAAGAACCCAAAAGAUUCCGAAACCUCCAUUUCUUUCUCCUCACAGAUUUCUUAGUCCACAGGCGGAAAACUCCACACCUGUAAAAUUAUCUCAGAUCCCCAAUUCCUUCCUUACCAGAGAAGUUGGUGAUGGGUAGCGGCGGAGCAGUAGAUACAACAUAAUUCUGUGCAAGUUUCUGCAGCAGAAGAAAGGAAGACGAUGGGAGGCUUAGAUUUAGAUUUCAUCAUUGGUUAUUGAGUGUUGCUAUUCUGGGGUCUGUUUGUAAUAUUCAGGACGAAUGUUGAGUUACGAUAUUUGGAUUCUUGAUUGGUGGUGGUAAGGGAGUGCGGUUUUUGAGGGGGAAGGAAGCUGAAAGAGGGAGGUGGAGCUUGGUUUUUUUCUCCUUUCCCUUUUUGGUGCUUCCAGAGCUCCUCACCGUUUUGUGAAGGCAAAAAAAGAAGGGUUUCCUUAUUUUCACUGUAAUAUCGAGACUUAAAUUUACCAAUUUCAACCACUUGUUCAUCACCAAUGGCUGCUGCUGCGACUUCUUCCGAGCGAUGGAUUGAUAGUCUUCAGCUCUCUUCAUUGUUCUGGCCUCCUCCACAAGAUAUCCACCAGAGAAAGGCACAAGUUACUGCUUAUGUCAAGUAUUUUGGACAAUUCACCUCUGAGCAAUUUCCAGAUGAUAUAGCUGAGUUGAUCCGCAGUCGUUAUCCAUCAGCAGAUAAACGCCUUUUUGAUGAAGUUCUGGCUACAUUUGUCCUACAUCAUCCAGAGCAUGGCCAUGCAGUGGUGCUUCCAAUUAUCUCGUGUUUGAUCGAUGGUACUCUGGUUUAUGACAAAAGCAAUCCUCCAUUUGCUUCUUUCAUAUCUCUAGUCUGCCCGAGGAGUGAGAAUGAAUACUCUGAACAGUGGGCUCUAGCAUGUGGGGAGAUCUUACGGAUUUUAACUCAUUAUAACCGCCCAAUAUACAAGAAGCAGAGUACUGAAUCAGAUAGAAGCAGUAGUGGUAGUCAUGCAACUACAAGUCAGUCAACAGACGGAGAAUCCUGCAGUUCACCGCCGUUACAGCAGGAAAGGAGGCCUUUAAGACCAUUGUCUCCCUGGAUUACUGAUAUAUUACUUGCGGCACCUCUUGGUAUCAGAAGUGACUACUUCCGCUGGUGCAGUGGUGUUAUGGGUAAGUAUGCAGCUGGAGAGCUCAAGCCACCAAUAACUGCUUCUUCUCAUGGAUCCGGGAAGCAUCCUCAGCUGAUGCCAUCAACUCCAAGAUGGGCUGUCGCAAAUGGUGCUGGUGUCAUACUAAGUGUGUGUGAUGAGGAAGUUGCUCGAUAUGAGACUGCAACGUUAACUGCAGUUGCUGUCCCUGCUCUCUUACUCCCUCCUCCGACUACAGCUUUGGAUGAGCAUUUGGUUGCCGGGCUGCCAGCUCUGGAGCCUUACGCACGUUUGUUUCACAGAUAUUAUGCCAUUGCGACCCCUAGUGCAACACAAAGACUGCUUCUUGGACUCUUAGAAGCACCUCCAUCAUGGGCUCCAGAUGCACUCGAUGCUGCAGUACAGCUUGUGGAACUCCUCCGAGCGGCAGAAGAUUAUGCAAAUGGCAUCCGACUUCCCAGGAACUGGAUGCAUUUGCAUUUCUUGCGUGCAAUAGGGACUGCAAUGUCGAUGGGACCCGGAAUUGCUGCCGAUGCUGCUGCUGCUCUACUCUUCCGUAUAUUAUCGCAGCCUGCAUUGCUCUUCCCUCCUCUGAGACAAGUUGACGGAGUCAAAGUUCAGCAUGAACCUUUAGGUGAAUACAUCUCAAGCUACAGAAGACAGAUAGAAGUGCCAGCAGCCGAAGCAACCAUCGAAGCUACCGCCCAGGGAAUCGCGUCCAUGCUAUGUGCACAUGGUCCUGAAGUAGAGUGGAGAAUCUGCACCAUAUGGGAAGCUGCCUACGGCCUAAUUCCUCUUGGUUCAUCGGUUGUUGAUCUCCCCGAAAUCAUCGUUGCAGCUCCACUGCAACCUCCAACACUUUCAUGGAACCUCUACAUUCCUCUACUGAAAGUCCUUGAGUACCUCCCCCGCGGAAGCCCCUCGGAAGCAUGUCUAAUGAAGAUAUUUGUCGCUACCGUUGAAGCUAUCCUCCGCCGGACAUUCCCACCGGAAUCUUCUUCCUCUGCCACCGAACAAGCAAGUAAAACAAUGAGCUAUUAUCAUCAGUCUGCUUCCAAGAACCUUGCUGUAGCAGAACUCCGCACUAUGGUGCACUCGCUCUUCCUCGAAUCAUGUGCUGCACCAGAGCUGGCUUCCCGCUUGCUCUUCGUAGUGCUGACUGUCUGUGUCAGCUACGAAGCUCAGACCUCAAAUGGCGGCAACAAGAGACAAAGAGGUGGCGAUUUGAGGUCUAGGAAGACAAGGAAGCAAGGGCCUGUCGCUGCCUUUGAUUCGUAUGUUCUCGCUGCCGUUUGUGCCCUAGCUUGUGAGCUCCAGCUGUUCCCUUUCAUUUCUCCUCAUGGUGGGAUGAACAACAACAGAAAUUCACAGUGCGGAGAAGCCAAAUUGCCUGCAAAGAUGAGUAAUGGAUCAUCUUCAGCGAUUGGUGAUAUGAGGAGCAGCAUUGAUUCUGCAAUCAAUCAUACUCGGCGAUUGCUGGCAAUUCUGGAAGCUCUGUUCUCAUUGAAGCCGUCGUCCGUUGGGACAUCGUGGGGUUACAGCUCAAACGAGAUUGUUGCGGCAGCUAUGGUCGCUGCUCAUGUAUCGGAGCUAUUUCGGAGGUCGAAAGCUUGUAUGCAUGCUCUCGCUGUCUUCAUUCGCUGCAAAUGGGAUGAAGAGAUACACAGCAGGGCUUCAUCGCUGUACAGCCUCAUCGACAUCCAUAGUAAAGCGGUGGCUUCCAUAGUAAACAAGGCAGAACCCUUGGAAGCGAGUUUUUCAGUGCCUGUCUGGAACAAGUCCCUUCUGGCUUUUGAAGGUAAGAAGAAGAAUCGAAACGGAAGCAUUGGUGGUGGGUUUGAAACAGGUCAAUCAUCUGGUCAGCAACCUGGGGAAUCUUCAUAUCUAGAGGCGAAGGUGAAAUCAGGGAAGGGGAUUGAAGGGUUCUCGUUGGAUGCUUCGGAUUUGGCAAAUUUCUUGACAAAAGAUAGGCACCUUGGAUUCAGUUGCAGCGCGCAAGUUCUGCUGAGAUCGGUUCUUGCUGAGAAACAAGAACUGUGCUUCUCAGUUGUCUCUCUGCUGUGGCACAAGUUGAUAGCAGCGCCCGAAACUCAGCCUAGUGCUGAAAGCACUUCUGCCCAGCAAGGAUGGAGACAGGUCGUUGAUGCGAUGUGCAAUGUGGUGUCAGCUUCACCAGCGAAAGCAGCUACAGCAGUUGUUCUUCAGGCGGAUAGGGAAUUGCAACCUUGGAUUGCCAAAGAUGACGAGAACAGUCAAAAGAUAUGGCGAGUCAAUCAGCGGAUAGUCAAGCUAAUUGGUGAGCUCAUGCGAAAUCACGACACCCCUGAAUCAUUGGUGAUCUUAGCAAGUGCGUCAGAUCUGCUUCUACGCGCCACAGAUGGGAUGCUCGUCGAUGGGGAAGCUUGCACUUUGCCUCAAUUAGAGCUACUGGAAGCAACAGCGAGAGCAGUUCGGCCAGUGGUGACUUGGGGAGAAACGGGAUGUGCUGUUGCGGAUGGUCUCUCGAAUCUCCUCAAGUGUCGUCUACCAGCAACAGUCCGAUGCCUAUCUCACCCCAGCGCUCACGUCCGAGCUCUGAGCAUGUCGGUACUCCGGGACAUCCUGCACAACACGUCGAUAAAAACGUUCCACAAGCAUGCCGAGAAGAAUGGCGCCAACGGUACUCGUUCCUCGUACCAGUACUUCAAUGUCGACGUCAUCGACUGGCAAGCAGACAUCGACAAGUGUUUGGCAUGGGAAGCUCACAGCCAACUGGCGAGAGGGAUGCCUAUCGAGUUUCUCGACGCUGCAGCAAAGGAACUAGGUUGCACCAUCUCUAUCUGACAUGAUCAUCAUCACUUACAGGCCACAGAUCAAAGCUACACACGAUUUUUCGUUCUCAGUAUAUAGUCAGGGAGCUGACGGCGGAAGGGAGUAGAGCUGCUGAAUAGGGGUCAAUCAAUCAUGAUCAAAGAAUGGGGUGUAGUGUAAUACUUCUUCAUGAUGUUGUUUGGUUUCUGUUUCCAGCUGCUGCUCUGUUUCCAAGUCCAUAUGUUGUAUCUUAUUCGUGCUUUUUUCGGGGAUUCGACGACAAUGAUGGGUUUUAGAACAAAGAAAGAACUGAGAAAUUGAGUUAUGUUGAUAUACAUUGGAGUUUCUCUUUGUGUAUUCAAAAGAUGAAAUUGAUGUAAUGUUGAUAUAUUAGAGUUCGUAUAUUGGGAACUAUAUAUGACAUAGAGAGCAGCUCCGCUAAUUAAGGGGUU